AUGACCCCCAGCGGCAUCAGUCCCCCGUGCUCCAUUCCCUAUCGCUGUAAAGCCUGUGGAUCGCUACUUUUUCACAGUGGCCAGCUACAGUCUACGUCACCUCAGCAUUCGACGACACGCAUCAAGUUGGCUGAAAAGGGUGAGCAGUUUCUUCGCCCGGCCAACCCACCUCGAUCGAAAACGCCUACACAGCCUCUACAAAGCCCAACAAGAACGACAUCGGCAUCUAACGCAUCGGCGGAAAUGGCCGAGUAUCUGGACACUACUUGUUGGAAUAAGAGCGCCGGUACCACUUCUGAGAAUAAAGGCUAA